AUGAGACCAACAAGCCUUUCUGAAACAGUGUUUCUUCAAAUCGUGCUUUGUCUGGCGCUCACUUACAGUGUCAAGAGCCAGGGACUGUGCCAAAACUUUUACUUUGUGUUGAACAAUCACGUGGUCGAUGGACACGCCCUUGAAGGUCAUGUUGUGCAAAGGCGCACCGUAAAUACCGCUGCACAGUGUCACGUGAUGUGUAGAGACAACUGCCAGUGUGUCUCUUUUAACUAUCUACCAAGUGACCAAGAAAACAACUGUGAGCUGAAUGAUGCUAAUAAGGAGAUGAAACCAGAUGCGCUUAAAGUCAAAUCAAGAGCACAGUACUAUGGCUUGGUCAGAAGCUACAUUAUGGAGGUAAAUUGAACGUCUUUUAGGGCAUUUAUCUGACAGGCCGUGCCGUUCGAGAAAAGUGAAAAACAGUCGAACCUCCCGCUAACGGCUACCUGUCAGUCUUUAAAUUGACUCUUGCUUAAACCUGUCUACAACGGCCACUUUCCUUUCUCCUUAACGUGGCCAUUGUGGUUAGGUUCAACUGUAUCUAAACACUGUAUCUAAACACUUGUUGCAAACGACGGUGAAUAUUUUUGACUACACUACACAGUCGUCAUAAAAGGGUUGCACCAAUGGUUUUUCUCCAAAUCGUUUUAUUAGAGCCUUAUCUACCUCUAAAACCGAACAGAACCAGUACCAGGCAACUAAAAACUAACAGAGUAAAUUCAUACCAAGCCAAGCUAGCAAGCUGCACUGAACUACAGCAACUACACCAAAGCGCACUAACCACUCUAAGCCAAUAGCAAACUACAUGCCAUGGUGGGCAUAUAAGACGCCUAAAAUGGCCUCUUCUAGCCUGCUAGCAAGGUCUUCUUCUCGCGACUUCCACAAAUGGAGAGCUUGCUGGCAAGCUAGGCCUAAUAGGGAACUUCUUUUGCAGUUUUUAUCCGUUUGUGUUCAAAGUUUGUAGGAUGGUAGGACUUAGAGUUCUAAAAACCGCAUGUUUUUUUUCGAUUUUUAAAAAUCAUCAGUGGCAAAAUCUGAGUUUCAACUACGAUCUAACAGAUAAAUAACUUUUAAAGACCACGAUGCGAUAGAAUAAAUGUCGGCACUUAUAAAACCUAGCACCAAGUUACACCAGUAAUUGACAAAAGCCUGUUCACUUGUUUCAAUCAUAGUUGAACUCAAAGAUAAAUUCCUUUCCCAUUGUUCGAAAAUAUCAUCUGGAGAUCACGUGCAGAUUAUCGGAGAUCCAAUCGGCGCUGUUGAAGUCAAAGUGUUGACAAGCCAAACACAUAUGUACAAGCUUGGUAGAGUAUAGUGCGAUAGGUGGCCACAGAUUUUUGCUCCGGACGAGAAUCUAGGAGAUAAGCGUUGGCUUUUUGUAUAUUUCUCUCUGUUAAGGCUGGAUUAGAUGUCAUUUGCUCAUAAAGUUGUUCUUUGGGUGAUGCAACAGUGGGGUUACCUGGUAACUGUGAUUGGUCUAGGUUUUUUUCCGCUCACGUCAUGAUCAGCAGACGUUAGUGGGGCAGGAAUGCGUGACGAACCCCUAAGAACGUCGGCGCGGGAGGCUAUGAUGUGGCCGACCGAUUCAGCCAUUCUAUGCCAGUCUCAUUUCCCGUAGUUUCAUACUUAUCGAGUACGAUAACCCCAUGGGGCUAGAAGAAUUUGAAAAUCUCUACACUGCGCUGCGCUCUGCUCUCAAGUGAAAGAUUUCUUUUGCUUUAGUACGCAGAUUAAUCUUUAAUUAUAUAUACUAGGUAGAAACAGUCCAGUCAAAUUGUGGUUUAAUAUCAAACUAAUUUGCUACAUAAUUUUUUCAACGCCAUUUAAUUGGUGGAUGGCUAAUUAACAACAUACUAAGAAUCCGCCAAAAAAACAUGACAAACUGAUUGGCAAUAUAGAUUUUCGAAUUUCUCCACCGGGAGCCCAGUUACAGGAAAAUCACAAAUGCAGGCAAAUAAUCUGUUAAUUGUGUUGUUUUUUUUUUUCUUACAGCGGUUACCACUAAAACGCGCUCUCAAAGGGUUUUUUCUUCGGUUCAAACCUGUGUUUUGGUGGACGUCAAUCAACCGUUACCAUGGUUUUUCACACUUUGGCCUAGAGAAGAUUCUUUCUCCGUUUCUUGAGCUCUCGGAAGAAUAUGUCGGCGUUUCAGCCCUUUCUGCAGUAUUUUGCUGCAGGAUCUGACACCGCUUCAUUAGAUUACUAGGAGAAAGAAUUUGUUGAGUGUUUUUUGGAGGAAACUCAAAUUAUCGACAUAUUUACACACUGUAAGUUACAACCACAUAAACUCUUGAAAACAGCCUCCAUUCAGAAAAACUUUUUCCUCUUUUCGGUGUGAUAUCUUUUGUUUCUUUGAAUUUAUACUAGCUUCUUGGCAAUUCGUCCACAGCUCCCGUGUUUUCAUACAAUCAAAUAGAUAAACAACCUGAAAACCGUUACGUAAACUAUAGAGAAUGUUUCGGCUAUUUCACUCAGCUCGCAGAGACCUCGUUGUUUUAACAAUGUAAUCCUUGAUCUUAAUAAAAUAAUUUAAAAAGCCGUCGUCGUUGGAAAUUAUUUGCCCUUCAUUCAGCGAUGAGGGAACCUUCACUGUCAGAGCGCGUGGAAAACCAUGGAAACAGUUGAUUGACCUCCACGAAAACUCAGGUUUAAACAGACAGAAAAAACCCUUCAAAGGCGCGUGUUAGUGGUAACCGCUGUAAGAAUCUUAGAUACAACCUUGCUUAUGUGUCUUCUGGGUAGUUUUGUUUUAAAAUACUCUGAAUGGUUUAAGAAACACCUGGGUUUUUGUUUCGUCUUGAGGGCUUUGCACAGGUUACCCAGCCACGCGUUUGUCUUCACAUUCACAGUUUUCCAAGCUUAAAUUUUUUCUAUGACGGUAUUUCAAAGGGAAGUUGGACAGUCUGUGUUAAGAUGGUUAAAAAUAUGAAUUAUUUUUAUUUUAUAAAUCAAGUUUUUUUUUCACUAAACAGUAGUUUUAAUGGCUGAUAUUUAAAAUAUCACAUCAAACUGUUUGUCAUCAUUUGACUAUUGAAUUUGCAUCCAUGCAUGCUGCAGGAUACGUGCGACUAAAUGUUUGCAACGGACGAUAGCUUUGUAUCAGUACAAACUGUUUAACCUAUUCCUCUUUGUUGUAAUCAAGUUUUGUGAAGUAGGUAUGUUCAAAACUAGGACACAAUAUGUGUGAUCGAAAACUAGGAUACCUCUUUUUUGCGACACGCGCAACCUCCUUUCGUCUAUUAUAUCUUACAAUAUGAGUGAAUAAAUGUGAUUGUUCUUUUUUUAAUCUCGUUUUUUUGUAGCGCGUCUCAGAUUUAGUUUAGUGUAUCUGUGUGUUCAGUUUGUUUCUUCUGCGGCAGCCCUACAUUUCUUGGUGAAAUAAAUAAGUAGCUUUAUCGCUCCUUCGUCUCAAGGCGUUUACAUUCCCUGCGUGAAUUCCUUUUUUGUGAGAACUACCCCGAACCCUGAUCAUUCGGCAAAUGAAGACCUCUUUUUCUAUAACGUUCAUGGGAUCCUCAGUUUAUGUCUGAAUAUAAUUGCAGUGGUCAAUGAAGGCGAGAAAGUCACAACUAGACAUACGUCAUGACAGCUUCUGGCUCACCUCUUUUUGCGGAGCCUGUUUUUAUCUUCGGAAGAGCGUUGCGCAACUCACUGUAUGUUAACCUUCUGGUUGGGUUGCAUGACGGCUUUGCGUGGGGAGUUUCCAUCAAUUCAUAGGCUCUUACAAGAUUUUAUAUAUGCAUUGCUUUGGCUACCCAGAUCGAGUUAAUCUUUCUCUCAAAAACUGCUUCCCUAUUAUAUUAUUUCGUUUGACUUGAAGAAACUUUGCUGGAACCAAAGUUCUCAUGCGAUGAAUCUUCCUUUAUCCUUCAUUAUUCCCUUGGCGAAGGUAAGAAAAAAAAACAACACUUUUUUCUUGAAGGAAAACGUUAUUUCGUUCAGGUCUGAUCGAGUUCAUAAGCAUUCAGAGCAUUGGAGAUUAACCUGCUCAAAACCUUUAAAUUGCUGCAUGUGCAUCGUAAAGAAUUAGUAAAAGCAUACUCCCCUCCGCUCCAAUUAACUUUUAACAAGAAGAAAACGAAAAGCUUCCAGAAAAUGAAAGUUGUAUAUUUGUAGAUGUCGGCACGUUAACGAAAAUUAACGCGUAGGUAACCGUUAAAACCACAACAUUAUCUAGCUGGAGUUCUGAAAACGUAGGUAAGGAAAUUGCAAUCGCAGAAAAAGACCAAAGCCGGAGGCAAAUGAAGAAAAGAAAAAGAAAAGGAAAGGAAAAGGAAAAAAAAUAGAAAUAGCAAAGAGAAAGAAAGGAUGAGAAGAAGAAGGAAAAAAAAAACGACUGAACUCUUACUUUUUAUGUUGACAUCUUUGGAGAUGGAGUGUUUGACAGUCUGAGGGGAGACCUCUAUUUUGGCCGUAACGGCUUUCAUUUUUCCGAUUUAAAGCCUGACGACCAAAUUUGUUGUAAUUUUACAGCUAACAGUUCAGUCUAUUAUAUUGUAAGCCCCCUAUUAUUUAGGGGGGGUCCUGGAACGGAGCAUGGGCUUCCAGUGCAAUAGCCAACAACGUUUGAGAUUUAUCCUUUUUGAAAAUAUAUAAGAAGCACGCCUUUUAUCACCAUAAACUACGAAGCACCUAUUAUUUUUUCUCUAAGUUUUCCGUAAAAGAGACACACAUUUUUUUUUGCGUUUUUCGUUUGAACGUAUAAUUUCAUCUAACGUGAGUGUCCUGUGUUUAAAGCUCAAAAUGUCUAACGCUCAUUUUUGACAUGUUCCACCGAACGGAUUUUGGCGGAUUUUUAGUAUAUUGCUAAGUGCGCCAACCCUACUUAGAUGACGUUGAACAAAUUCUGUUGCAACUAGUUUGAUGUUGAGCCUCAAAAAUGCCUAGAUUGACUGGACUAAAAUAAGAAAAAAAUAUAUAAGCAAUGUGAUACUAAAUAAAUACAAUUUUCUUUGUGAACAGAGUGGAAAGAAAUACUCUCCAGAGAAGGAUCGUUGUGUUAACAGAUGUUGUCAACCUAAUCCAUGUUUUCAUGAAGGGAGUUGCCAGGAGAUUUGUGAUCCCAUAGGGGCCAGGUUUAAUUGCACCUGUCCAGCUAAUUACGUCGGUACACGUUGUGAGCUCAGGUGUUAUUCAAGCUGCAAAGACGUUUUUCAAAACAACGUGACCAAAUCUGGAAGAUACGUAAUAUGCGAUGGGCAACAACUGCCAUUUUACGUUUACUGCGACAUGGAAUCUGACUCUAAGUUUCUAUGGGCUCUUAUACAGACAUUUUCGUUGUCGCACAAACAUUUAUUUGAAAACAAGCCAUUUGUCAUGAAUCAUCCUAUCAACAUGAAGAGUUGGAUCGUUAACUGGACAGCCUACCGUUUGUCCUUGCCUCAAAUGCAGUAUCUCAAAAAUCAGUCGACUCGUUUGAGAGUCACUUGUAAUUUUGCAAACGAAGGACUUGUAUACACUGACUACGCAAUUGCCCCACUACAACAACAUAAACUAUUCUCGAUCUUUUCUCGGCAAUGCAAGUGGUAUUAUCAUCUCAACAUUCGAGGAAUCCAGUGCUCGAAAUGUACUGCAGUAACUAAUCAAAGAGAGGGCCGUUCUUGGUUUAUCAACAGCUACGCAAGCAAAUUUGAGGCUGGGUGUACCUUUGAUGGCAGACCAGGCAUGAGAAAUCAAGAGCACAAUUUCGGAUGGUAUAGGGAUGGCAGAAUAAACUCAAAACACCGAUGUUCAUCUUCUCUUUUUUCAACAACCGAACACUGGUUAGGUAUAAGCAAUUCUUAA